GGCUGGCUCCAGUUUUCUCUCUGUGUGUACAUACAAUUUGUGACUGUUUUGAGUGUCUAAUAAUUUAUAUUAAUAAAGUGACCGCGCAAUGGUGGUUUAUUGUUUUAUAGAAGGUUGUAAAUCAACCAAAUACAAAAGUGUUAAAGAGAAGUGUAAGAAAGUCUUAACAUUUUUUGGAUUUCCAACAAACUCAAUUUUGCGAGAGAAGUGGAUACAAGCCCUUAUUAAUUCCGGUCAUAAAAAAGAACAUGUGGCAAGGAUUACAAAAUGUAGCCGAAUAUGCAGCCUACAUUUUGCUCAAGAUUGCAUCGAAACCAUUGGUUUUUCAAGUGGUCGUUUAAAACCAAACUCUGUGCCAACAAUAUUUCCAAAUGCACCAGAAGAAAGUAUAACUGAUAAUGAGAAUCCUGGACCAUCAAAUAAGUCAUCCAUGGAAAUAGAAACUGUUGCUCAAUGUGAAGAUGAGAUUUGUCAAACUCCUCCUAUAAAACAAAUUUACUAUAUAGUUGAUGUAAAUUCUGGAAACAUCAAAAACAUGUCGUCAAAAAUGUUGGUGAGAACACUGAAUAUGUUGAAGAAAUCCUGCGAAAAGAAAGACAAAAUAAUUAAUCGAUUGAGGGUACAGCACUUUCGCCAAAAGAGAAAAAUAGAGAGCUUAGAGGCUUUAUUAGCUGCACUUCGUGAAAGAAAUCUCCUUCCUCCGGUUUCAUCAGACACUGUACAGGUAUAAAAAAAAAAAAAAAGUGAAAAACAACUGUUCUACCAAUAAUUAUUCUACAAAAUUGUUUUACCAAUCGUGAAAGAGUGAAAAAGUUGAUCAUAUGAAAAGAAUUGAUUUCAAUUCUAUUGAAAACUCAUUACACAAGAAUAUUUUCUAACAAAUACAAAAUAAAUAAAAAACACUUGCAUUGUAUAUUUAAUACAUAUUC